AUGCGCCGAUUACAAGUGUCUGGGAAUAAUGGCAGUAAUGAUGAUGAAGGCAUAUCCACUAGUGUACCAUUCACUAAGUAUUCAGAAGUUGAGUGUCGUGUUGUCUUCCUGUUUGUGUUAUCACAAAUCUGUAUCGGCUGUGGUCAGUUAGUGGCGCGGCGUAGUGUCGCGUGUUCAGGGCUCGUGCUGCCCAGCCCCGGCAGCUUGCUGUGCAGGGGACGGCUCUCGUGGCGCGUGGGCGAGGAUGAGCCGAGCGCUGCGCCUGCGCCGGCUGCCACUGUUGCCGCCAUAGCGCUCUCGAUCAAGUCCCGCGCUAUCCAGGACAGUCGCUGCUACCUGAUGAACGGCGGUGCUGUCGAGAGCUUCUUCAUCAGUGAAGAUACACCAGUCGGCAGCGUCAUUGGUACUCUCAGCGUGAAUGGCGACCCAGCGGAGGAGCAGGGCGAUAUAUCGCUGCGCCUGCAGGAGAAGGGCGCGGCGGUGGGCAUCGCGGCCGGCACCAAGAACCUGACGCUGCUGCGCGCGCUGGACCGCGAGGAGAAGCGAGGGCCCUCCAACGUGUACGUCAACGUGCGCUGCGAUAGGAGACGAACCACUGACCCCAGCUUCAUAAUCCCAGUGUCAGUCCGCGUGUGGGACGUGAACGACAACGCGCCGCAGUGGGUGGGCGCGCCGUACCGCGUGCGCCUGUCGGAGCUGACGGCGCCGGGCACGCGCGUGGCGGUGGGCGCGCGCGCCGUCGACGCCGACCAGCCCGGCCCGCACGCCACCAUACACUACUCCGUGCUGCCCGGACCCAACCAUGAGUAUCUGGGAUUCUCCAACGAGUUGGACAGCGUGUUGGUGGUGAAGAAGCCCCUGGACUACGAGACUCUGAGCAACUUCACGGUCACCUUGCGCGCCCAGGAUGCUGGCACUCCCCCGCUACACAACGACACUGUACUGCAAGUACAAGUGUUGGAUGCAGACGACCAAAACCCCAAGUUCACGUAUGACCACUACACCGCCACACUGCCUGAAGAUGCUAAAGAGGGCACGACACUAGUGACAUCACCAGGGCCGAUAUCAGCUGCAGAUCAAGAUGUGGGUAUCAAUGCUCCGCUGCAGUACUCCGCCACCGGCGACAACGGACGACUGCUGGUGGUGGACAAAGAUACAGGGCAGGUCACCGCCACUAAGCAACUCAUAGAGGAGCUAAACCAGCCUCUUACCGUCGUUAUUAAGGCGACGCAGGUGGACAACGCGGACCGGUACGCGCUGGCGACGCUGAGCGUGGGGCGCGGCGCGGCGCGCGGCGGCGGCGUGCGCUUCCGGCGGCGGCAGUACAGCGCCGCCGUCAGCGAGGCCGCGCCGCCCGGCCACACGCUGCUCACGCUGCACACCGCGCCGCUACACGCGCAUAACAACCUCCAGUUCUACGUGUCGGACCGCUCGUUCCUCGACAAGUUUGCCAUCAAUAGCGCGGGCGAGGUCGUGCUGCGCCGCCCGCUCGACUACGAGACCGCCGACUCUUAUCAGUACCAAGUCAUGGUGACCGAUGGUGUCUCGAACGACACGGCAUCAAUAAACAUAACAGUAUUGAACGUGAAUGAAUGGGAGCCGAGGUUUCGAUACCCGCAGUACGAGUUCCGAGUUGAGGAAGAUCCACAGGACGAUGUCGAGCUGCUGCCAGUUGGCAAACUCGACGUUUUCGACGGGGACAAGCGCGACACUGUAACACUAUCUCUGCGGGGCUCCGAUGCUGACAUGCUGUACGUGAACGCGUCGGGCGACAUGUUCCUGCGCGGCGCGGCGCUGCGCUCGCUGAACUCGUCCGUGCUGCACGUCGUCGCCACCGCCGUGGACUCUGGCGCACCACCUCGACAGACAUCGGUACCGGUAACGGUGCACGUGAGCGAGCGGUUGCUGCAGGCGGGUGGUGGCGCUGGUAUGUCGAGUGCGGGGGGCGCGGGGCCCGUCAUGGCGGUGUUCGCCUGCGCACUGGCCGCGCUCACGCUGCUCGUGUGUGCACUGCUCGGAUACAUAUACAGAGUUCGUCGUCGAUCAAAACGAAGCGCGGGUGGCUCGGGCACAGGCUACGUGACUCACGAGAAGCCAUUAGCAGAUCAAAUCACCCCUACAUCACAGCCAACAAGUGCCACCAGUAAUACACAUGUGACCGGAACUGCUGGGGUCACGGGGGCAACGGGGACAACGGGGACCUUGGCCACCAGUGGGAGCACUGGGGCGCUGCGACCUGCGGGGUCGUCUGGCUCGCUGCUGAGUGUGAGCGCGGGGGCUAGCACUAUACUCGCCAACUCUACCUCCAGCUUAGACUUGCAACAAGAGCCACAGAAUGUCACGCACGGAGCACAGCAGAAUAUGGAACAUUUAGAAUCAGCAGCCAGACUUUCUACAACUUUGCUUAGACAUUUUUCUGUAUACUUAUCAGCUAGACAUAAUAAAUAUUUAAUUUUAUUUUUCAAAAGUGAUGACACUAAAGGACCAAAUAACUAUAGACCAGUAUCUGUUCUGCCAGUUCUUAGCAAGGAAAUAUUUGGUGUUUGGGAGGAAGCACAGGAUGCUGUUGGUGUCUUCUGCGACCUCUCAAGAGCGUUUGAUUGCGUUGAUCAUGAAACACUUUUGCCAAAAUUAGAUCAUUGCAGGAUGCAAUGCGCUUCGUCUGUUAAAAUCAUAUUUAGAAGAUCGGCAACUAAAGGCGUGUCGUCGACGCGCGCGUCGUCCCGCGGCGGUCGCGCGCGCGUGGCGCCGGCGGAGCGCGCGGCGCACAUGAGCGACCACCUGUGCGCGCGCGCGGCGGGCGGCCGCUCGGGCGUGGCGUGGCCCGCCGCCACCAUCCCCGCGCGCGUCAAGCAGCUCAGCUGGGGGGAGGACACACACGACAGAGGGGAAGAGCUGACGGACGCGACCAACCCCGCGGUGGCCGACCACAUGAACCUCACCGUCUACUUCUGACCGGCGCCGCAUCGCCGACUGCCGCGACAUUGCAUCAGGAUGCAGGGGCCGAGCCACGCCCUGAGAUGAAUGAUGCUAAGCUCGCUCAAGAGUCCUGUAAAUAUAAGAAAGGAGAUAACGCAUUCAGUAAUGAUACUAAAUCAGAGAAAAAAGUUUUGCAUGACAAUAAGAAUGCAGAAGGUGAAAAUAAAGGUAACAUUGGUAAAAUGGUGGCAUCUUCCAACAUCGCAAAUGUAAAUAACGUUCCGCUACCAGGGUCUACUACCAAGAGUUACUAUCAAGCAAGUCCUGCUCAAAUUGAC